AGGAUUUGGAGUUUCAUGGAGUAAUGAGAUUCUACUUUCAAGACAAAGCAGCUGGAAAUUUUGCAACAAAAUGUAUCCGUGUCUCUAGUACUGCCACAACUCAAGAUGUGAUAGAAACUCUUGCAGAGAAGUUUCGACCAGACAUGCGAAUGUUGUCGUCCCCUAAAUACUCACUUUAUGAAGUGCAUGUCAGUGGAGAAGAAAGAAGAUUAGAUGUAGAUGAGAAGCCUCUUGUUGUACAGUUAAACUGGAACAAAGAUGAUCGAGAGGGAAGAUUUGUUCUCAAGAAUGAAAAUGAUACGCUUCCUCCAAAGAAGGCUCAGAGUAAUGGCCCUGAAAAACAAGAAAAAGAGGGAGUAAUUCAGAAUUUCAAACGAACUCUCUCAAAAAAAGAAAAAAAAGAAAAAAAGAGGCGUGAAAAAGAGGCAUUGCGACAAGCAUCUGAUAAAGAUGAUAGACUACUUCAUGGGGAUGAUAUUGAGAAUUCUCGCCUUGCAGCUGAGGUUUACAAAGAUAUGCCAGAGACCAGCUUCACUCGCACAAUAUCUAAUCCCGAGGUGGUUAUGAAACGGCGGCGACAGCAAAAACUAGAGAAGAGAAUGCAGGAAUUUCGCAGUUCUGAUGGCAGACCAGACUCAGGUGGGACGCUGAGAAUUUAUGCAGACAGUUUAAAACCAAAUAUACCGUACAAGACAAUCCUGCUGUCCACUACAGAUACUGCAGACUUUGCGGUUGUUGAAGCACUGGAAAAAUACGGACUGGAGAAGGAAAAUCCGAAGGAUUAUUGUAUUGCUCGUGUCAUGCUGCCUCCUGGUGCUCAGCACUCUGAUGAUAAAGGUGCUAAAGAAACUAUUCUUGAUGAUGAUGAGUGUCCACUGCAGAUAUUCAGGGAGUGGCCUAGUGAUAAAGGAAUACUAGUCUUUCAGUUGAAAAGGCGACCUCCUGAUUAUGUCCCAAAGAAAUCCAAGAAAAUACCUGAUGGAAAGCCAUUAAAGGGGAAGGAAAGAGUUGACGGGUCUGGCUAUGGCUCUUGCCUUCCUCCUGAGAAACUACCAUACCUGGUAGAAUUAAGCCCAGGGAGAAGGAAUCACUUUGCCUACUACAACUAUCACGCUUACGAAGAUGGUUCUGACUCCAGAGAUAAGCCAAAGCUCUAUCGUCUACAAUUAAGUGUCACUGAAGUUGGAACUGAAAAAUUUGAUGAGAAUUCCAUUCAGUUAUUUGGUCCAGGAAUUCAGCCUCAUCAUUGUGACCUCACUAAUAUGGAUGGAGUUGUUACUGUAACCCCAAGAAGCAUUGAUGCCGAAACCUAUGUGGAAGGUCAGCGUAUUUCAGAGACCACUAUGCUGCAAAGUGGAAUGAAGGUUCAGUUUGGGUCAUCUCAUGUGUUUAAGUUUGUGGAUCCCACUCAGGACCAUAUUAUUGCUAAAAGACCUAUUGAUGCAAGUCUUAUGGUCAAAGGUCCAAGACACAAAACUGGAGCUGUUCAGGAAACCACAUUUGAUCUGGAGGGAGAUGUUCACAGUGGAACAGCAUUACCAGCAAGCAAGAGCACCAGCAGGCUUGAUGGUGACAGGACAUCAUCAGCAUCCAGCACAGCCGAACGAGGAAUGGUGAAGCCGAUGAUUAGAAUAGAACAGCAGCAAGAUUACCGCAGACAGGAAAGCAG